UAUCAGUCUACUAGAGUCCACUUCCAGUGAGAAACGUCCUUCAGCAGCUAUCUUUUUGUUAAGAAAUGAAGCCGUUUUGCACUGUUUGUAUCCUGUUGCUUCUUACUCAUGAUCUUGCUCUCUUAUCAUCCACAGGAUUGGCAUUGAAGUGUAACCUGUGUGUUUCCAAAGGGAAUGGGGACCCCUGCACUCCAUCAGUACAGACAUGUAUUUCUGACAUGACGGCCUGUGGAAACGUCACAUUUAGAGCUGGUUUAACGGCUCCUCCUUCGAUCCGUUCCUGUAUAAGCAUGUCGACCUGCUGGAGCUAUUUGCUCUCUCCAGAAGUGAAGGCUGUGUGCUGCAGGACUGACCUCUGCAACUAAGUCAACAGACCUGUAAUCAGAAUCAUUAGAGACUU